AUGUUGCUGGCCUCGGCCGUGGUGGUGUGGGAAUGGCUGAACGAGCACGGGCGGUGGCGGCCAUACAGCCCUGCCGUCAGCCACCACAUCGAGGCGGUGGCCCGCGCCGGACCGCGGGCGGGGGGCAGCGUGGUGCUGGGCCAGGCCGACAGCCGCCUGGCGCCGUACAUCAUCGACCUGCAGUCCAUGCACCAGUUCCGCCAGGACACCGGCACCAUCCGCCCCGUCCGGCGCAGCUACUAUGACCCCUCGUCAGCGCCGGGCAAGGGAGUGGUGUGGGAGUGGGAGAACGACAGCGGCUCCUGGACACCCUACGACAUGGACGUGGGCAUCACCAUCCAGCGUGCCUACGAGAAGCAGCACCCCUGGGUGGACCUGAGCACCAUCGGCUUCUGCUACGUCAUUGACUUUGCCACCAUGGGCCAGAUCAACCGCCAGACCCAGCGCCAGCGCCGCAUCCGCCGCCGCCUCGACAUGGUCUAUCCCCUGGUCUCGGGCACCCUGCCCAAGUCACAGUCCUGGCCGGCCAGCCCCGGGGCGGCGGCGGCUCCCCCAGUGCCCGCCUGUGCCUGUCCCCAGUGUCUCCUGGUCAUGAGCGUCAAAGCCACUGUGUCAGCCGCUGGCCCCAGCACUGCCACCCUACAGCCCCGUAAAGCACCCCCUGCGCCACCCACCGCUCCUAAAGCUCCGGCACCGGCCCCAGGGACCAAGGCACCUGAUGGCAUGGCCACGGUGCGUGGCUCGCUGAAGCCGCUGGCAGCCCAAGGAGGCCAGCGGCAGGCAGCCAGCACUCCUGCCCUGAGCCUGGCCAGCUCCACCGCCAGCCCUCCUGGUGUGGGUGCUGCCAAGGUUUCCCGUCCUGCCCUGGGCACCCUGAACCGCAGCCACCUCCAGCGCCUGGCCAUUGCCCAGUCCCGGGUGCUUAUUGCUUCUGGGGUCCCCACUGUCCCCGUGAAGAACCUCACUGGCUCCAGCCCGGUCAACCCAGCACUGGCAGGGAUCACAGGGAUCCUGAUGAGUGCGGCUGGACUGCCUGUCUGCCUGACCCGGCCCCCCAAGCUGGUGCUGCACCCCCCACCCGUCAGCAAAAGUGAAAUCCAGUCCAUCCCUGGCAUCUCCCACACCUGCCGCAAGACCACAAAGAAACAGGCCAAGAAGGGUAAGACCCCAGAGGAGGUACUGAAGAAAUACCUGCAGAAGGUGCGGCACCCUCUGGAUGAGGACUGCACCAUCUGCAUGGAGCGCCUCUCUGCACCCUCUGGCUACAAGGGACCCCAGCCAGCUGUCAAGCCUGACCUGGUGGGGAAGCUGGUGAAGUGUGGGCACAUCUUCCACCUCCACUGCUUGGUCGCCAUGUACAACAACGGCAACAAGGAUGGAAGCCUGCAGUGUCCCACCUGUAAAACCAUCUAUGGUGUGAAGACAGGGACACAGCCCCCGGGGAAGAUGGAGUAUCACAUCAUCCCUCAUGCCCUGCCUGGCCACUCCGAGUGCAAAACCAUUCGCAUCAUCUACAACAUCCCCCCAGGGGUGCAGGGACCAGAGCAUCCAAACCCUGGGAAGAGCUUCACUGCCCGCGGCUUUCCCCGGCACUGCUACCUGCCAGACAGCGAGAAGGGCAGAAAGGUACUGAAGUUGCUGCUGGUAGCCUGGGACCGACGUUUGAUCUUUGCCAUUGGGACCUCCAGCACCACAGGCGAGUCGGACACAGUGAUCUGGAACGAGAUCCACCACAAAACAGAGUUCGGAUCCAACCUCACCGGCCAUGGCUACCCUGACAUCAACUAUCUGGACAAUGUCCUCGCUGAGCUUGCAGCCCAGGGCAUCACAGAGGAGAGCCUGGCACAGGAGAAGGACUGA